AUGGUUGGGACGGUGGAUACUUGGCUUAUUUGGAAUCUUUUGGGGGAGUACAUAACAGACGUUACAAAUGCUAGUAGAACUUUAUUAAUGGAUUUACAAGACCGUCAAUGGUCACCCGAAAUGUGUGAAUUUUUUGAUAUUCCAAUAGAAAUAUUGCCUCGAAUAAGAAGUUCUGCUGAAGUAUAUGGCUAUAUGAGAGAUGGACCAUUAAAAGGCACUCCUCUAGCUGGCUGUUUGGGUGACCAACAAAGUUCUUUACUCGGUCAUGGCUGUCUCCAAGCAGGGGAAGCAAAAAAUACUUAUGGGACAGGAACUUUUAUGCUUUGUAAUACUGGAAAGAAAGCUUUAGUUUCGGGUUAUGGACUGUUAACGACGAUUGCCUAUCAAUUCGGAUCAGAUUCCCCCGCCUAUUAUGCUCUCGAAGGGUCUGGAUCAAUUGGGGGCAAUGUUGUACGCUUUCUACGCGAUAAUCUGAAGUUUUUUGAAAAAACGGAAGACAUUGAGCAAUUAGCUGCUAGUGUGGAAAAUACAGAGGAUGUUUAUUUUGUCCCUUGCUUUGCCGGUUUGUACACCCCUCAGUGGGAUCCAACAGCACGAGGAAUUAUUUGUGGAUUAACCCAAUCAGCUACUCGAGCACAUAUUGCCUUGGCUGCUUUAAAAGCUGUUGCCUUCCAAACUGUGGAAAUGUUAGAUGCUAUACAGAAGGAUAUGGUUGAUAUAAAAAUUGCUUCGUUGAGAGCAGAUGGUGGAAUGACACAAAACAAAUUAUUUAAUAAAUUACAAGCAAAUUCAAUGGGUAUUCCAAUGGAAUGUUCAAAAAUGUCAGAAAUUUCUGGUUGGGGAGCAGCGCUGGCUUGUGGGAUUGGAAUUGGAGUUGUUGAUUAUCAAAGUUUGGGAGAAAUUUUUCGCCAACGUCGCCCACACUCAAUGGACACAUACGAACCAGCAUCGGAGGAGAAUGAACGUAGCCGUGAAUAUGAACAAUGGCUAGAGGCAGUUAGGCGUUCUAAAGGAUGGGCACAUGCUUAA